CGUCACACGCAUUCCCCGCUGUUUCGACCUUGUUUUUAUGGCGGUGCAUCAUAAGAGACCCCAUGGGAAGAUCCCCUGUCCUUUCACUUGCUCAUUGAGAUCAUAUUAAAGAUUGGUCCAUUCCACUUGUAAACCUUCUUUGAGCCAUUCAGUGUCUGACUCUGUUUCUUUAACUCCCUACCCAUUCUCAUCCUCGCGCUCUGGCCUAAUAUGUCGGGCGUCUUGAACAGCGUUACAGCCAUCUUUGGCAGUAUCCAGAACACGUUCCAAAAUGUUCUGGAUCGUAUAUUCCCACCGGAGAAGAGAGCUGAGGUGUUUGCGAAGCUUCAGGCUUUCGCUAUCAAUAAUCCAAAGCUUGCCGCUUUCCUGACAACUCAAAUCGUUCUGACUGGAUUCCCACUACUCCUGUUUGUAGCGUUCACUCUUACUAUCUUCCUAUUCUCGCUCAUCGUAGCACUUGUCCUCGGGCUCCUUGCUGCCGUCCUCUUCACUGUCUUCAUGGUCGGUGUAGCCCUUCUUGUGGUCCUCCCGACGGUGUUCAUGACAACCUUUUCCGCCUCCUUCCUCUUCCUGUGGGGUCUGGGCGGCUAUUACAUCUUAAAAUGGUUUAACGAGGGCGACGCCCCGGCUCCCGAAGGCUCAGCAAUCGGCGACAAGAUCAAUAGUCUCACCGGCGGUCGCAUGAGCUGGUUUAUGGAUGGUGCUCGCAAGAAGCAAGAUGAUGCAAGAACAGGAGUUGACCAGACACCCAAGGUUCACGGUAGUGAAGAGUCGAAUGGCGGGAUGCCGGAUGUCAAGAAACAUGUGAAUGAAGGGAAAGAGCAGGUUACGAAACAGGCUGAUGGAGUGACGAAGAGGCUCAAUAAAUCAACUGGCGGCGUGACUGGAGUAACAAACGCGGCGGGGACGGCAAAGGGUGCUGUUAGUGGUACCACUGGACUAGGUUAAGGAGAAUGGUGACUCAAGUGGUAGGGUAAUGGAAGAGAUUAUCUCCAGUGGUUAGAUCAGAUGGUAUCAAAUGAGCGUUUUCGGGUUUCCUUACAUGUUUUAAUACUGUAUACCUUCUUAUGCCCAGUGUCCCUGAGAAUGUAUCAUAAUCCGUUACUACAUAAUGAG